GGGCUUGGAAAGCUCAGUUUGUUACCAUCACCCCCGUCAGCUUGUCUUUGGCUGGGUCGGGUGCAACUUCCAUUUUAGGUGUUGGAUCUGAAAGAGGAGGCGAGGGGGGAAAAGCCAGGAAGGAUCCCAGAAGAGAAAGAGGUGGAGAAACAAACUCCUGGAUUUCGCCAGCGCAGCCCCUGAGAAGGGAGAAAGCCAGGCUCUCUUCCCUCCUGUUUCCUCAUUGGUGGUGGCUGGGCUGCUUCUCCCAUGAUUUUUUGCAUCUAGACCUGGCUGUGCUGUGCCUUAGCCAAUCGAAUCCCAUCUUCCUUCCUUACAGUGAGGAGCUCCUCCCCCUCUGUCUCCUUCCCCGCCCCCCUGUCUGACGCUGGUUCUCUCUCACGCCCCGUGCCCUACGCCCUCCCUCCCCCCUGUGCGGGGCCCUCGUCAUGGACGACUCAGAAGUGGAGUCAACUGCCAGCAUCCUGGCCUCCGUCAAGGAGCAGGAGGCGCAGUUUGAGAAGCUGACCCGGGCGCUGGAGGAGGAGCGGCGCCACGUCUCGGCGCAGCUGGAGCGCGUCCGGGUCUCCCCGCAGGACGCCAGCCAGACGAUGGCCAACGGUACCCUCACCCGCCGGCACCAGAACGGCCGUUUCCUGGGCGAUGCUGACCUGGAAAGGCAGAAGUUUCCAGAUCUGAAACUCAACGGACCACCGGACCGCAGCCACCUCCUGUACAGCACUGUCCCCAGGAUGCAGGACCCAGGGCAGAUUGUGGAGGAGACAUACACCAUGGAGGAGGAUCCGGAGGGCGCCAUGUCGGUUGUGUCAGUGGAGACGUCGGAUGAUGGGACAACCCGGCGCACAGAGACCACGGUAAAGAAGGUGGUGAAGACUGUGACCACACGGACAGUACAGCAGGUCCCCGUUGGGCCAGAUGGGAUACCUGUGGAGGGUUCUCCUGUCUCCAACAAUUACAUCCAGACCAUGGACAGGAACUUCCGUAAAAAUGGCAACGGGGGGCCUGGCAGCUACAUGAGCCAGCCUGGCACUGCCACCCUCCCCCGCAACUAUCACUACCCAGAUGGCUAUGGCCGCCCCUAUGAGGACGGCUACCCUGGUAGCGACAACAACUACGGCAGCCUGUCUCGUGUGACCCGUAUUGAUGAACGUUACCGUCCCUCCAUGGAUGGCUACCGGGCCCCCAGCCGGCAGGAUGUCUAUGGUCCCCAGCCACAGGUGCGGGUAGGGGGAAGCAACGUGGACCUAAACCGCUUUCAUCCAGAGCCAUACGGGCUGGAGGAUGACCAGCGCAGCAUUGGCUAUGAAGACAUGGAUUAUGGGAUGAUGCCGGACUAUGGCACAGCCAGGCGGGCAGGGACUCCUUCGGACCCCCGGCGGCGACUUAGGAGUUAUGAGGAUAUGCUGGUGGAUGAGGUGGCCCCUGAUCAGUACUAUUGGGCCCCACUGGCCCAGCAUGAGCGGGGCAGCCUGGCGAGCCUGGACAGCCUGCGGAAGGGAGGGCCUUUGCCAGCCAACUGGCGCCAGCCAGAGCUGCCGGAGGUGAUUGCUAUGCUGAGCUUCCGGCUGGAUGCGGUGAAAUCCAACGCAGCGGCCUACCUGCAGCACCUGUGCUACCGCAAUGACAAAGUGAAGACGGAAGUGCGCAAGCUAAAGGGCAUCCCGGUGCUGGUGGGGCUGCUGGACCACCCCAAGAAGGAGGUGCACUACGGGGCUUGUGGGGCACUCAAGAACAUCUCCUUUGGCCGAGACCAGGACAACAAGAUUGCCAUCAAGAACUGCGAUGGCGUUCCCGCCCUGGUGCGGCUGCUGCGCAAAGCUCGUGACAUGGAUCUCACUGAGGUCAUCACAGGGACAUUGUGGAACCUCUCCUCGCAUGACUCAAUAAAGAUGGCCAUUGUGGACCACGCCCUGCACGCCCUCACUGACGAGGUCAUCAUCCCGCGCUCUGGCUGGGAACGAGAGCCCAACGAGGACUCCAAGCCACGCCACAUAGAGUGGGAGUUGGUGCUCACCAACACAGCUGGCUGCCUUAGGAACGUGAGCUCGGAGCGGAGCGAGGCUCGUCGAAAACUGCGCGAGUGCGACGGGUUGGUGGAUGCCCUGAUAUACAUAGUCCAGUCAGAGAUUGGCCAGAAAGACUGCAACAGCAAGUUGGUGGAGAACUGUGUCUGCCUGCUGCGGAACCUGUCGUACCAAGUUCACCGUGAGAUCCCGCAUGCCGAGCGCUACCAGGAGACUCCCCUUAACCCUGCCAGCAAUUCUGGGCCCCAUGCUGCCAGCUGCUUUGGUGCCAAGAAAGGCAAAGACGAGUGGUUCUCCAAAGGUAAAAAACCUCUAGAAGAGCCUGGUACUGAUGCAGUGGACUUUCCCAAAAGAACAAGCCCUGCAAAAGGGUAUGAGCUCCUCUUCCAACCAGAAGUAGUUCGGAUAUAUAUCUCGCUGCUGAAGGAGAGCAAAACCCCUGCUAUCCUAGAGGCCUCAGCAGGAGCCAUCCAGAACCUAUGUGCUGGUCGCUGGACGUAUGGCCGGUACAUCCGUUCAGCACUGCGCCAGGAGAAGGGGCUCUCCGCUAUUGCCGACCUCCUGACUGACGAGAGUGAGCGGGUUGUGAAAGCAGCAUCUGGAGCCCUGCGCAACCUCGCAGUGGAUUCCCGCAACAAAGAGCUGAUAGGUAAACAUGCAAUCCCAAACCUAGUGAAGAAUCUGCCAGGUGGGCAGCAAACCCCAGCCAAGAACCUGUCUGAGGACACGGUGGUAUCGAUCCUGAAUACAAUCAAUGAGGUCAUUGUGGACAACCUAGAGGCAGCAAAAAAACUGAGGGAGACUCAGGGCAUUGAGAAGCUGGUGCUGAUCAACAAAUCAGGGAACCGAUCAGAGAGGGAAGUCAGAGCUGCUGCCCUAGUCCUGCAGACAAUCUGGGGGUAUAAGGAACUGCGGAAGCCACUGGAGAAGGAAGGAUGGAAGAAAUCUGACUUCCAGGUGAAUCUAAACAAUGCCUCUCGGAACCAGGGAGGUAACUCAUUCGAUGACAGCACCUUGCCACUCAUUGACAGGAACCAAAAAGCAGAUAAGAAAUCCUCCCGAGAGGAGAUCCAGAUGAGCAACAUGGGACCAGAGAACAACUACUCUACACUGGACACGAGAGACCACAACAGAACCCUAGACCGGUCUGGAGACCUGGGUGAUGUGGAGCCACUGAAGGGAGCACCGCUGAUGGAGGAGGAAGGGCAGGAAUCCCUGCAUGAGGAGGAUGAUGACUCAUUGGCUUAUCCCCCUAUGCAGAAGAUCUAGUCUCCUCCCUGCCUCCGCUCAGUUUGGGUUUUAGUAUGUUAUAUACAACUCUUAGUGGUGGAAUGGACUGAUUUUUUUUACCUUACUUUUGCUGGACUGUUUGUGCCAACUACCCAGCCAAAUGAUUGGCCCUCUGCACCCUUUCUGCCUGGAAGUGGGGGACAUCUGGACAGGGCCCCCUCCCUCCCUUCUGUAGAUGGCUGCACCUUGAUCCUUGGACGCCUUUUAUCUUUCCUUCCAAGAGCAACUCCUGCAGACCAAAUACUUCUGAUGACUCUCACUGGAGCGGCUAAGGCAGACUCUCUUCAAGGAACUCCUCCUCUGACACUACCAGCUCCUGUAGCACUCAGAGCACACAGUGGAUCUCAGUGGAGCCCUGUUGUACCAGGACUACUUUCUCCUUUAAGAGACAUCCGCUCUGCUUGUGGAGGCAGGGGUCAAAGGCCACCACCUCCUUCUCUUAGCCUAUAGAAUAUAUUUUUGUGUGAUCACUUGGCAACAAAGGAUGCUGGGAAUAUGGGGACAUUCCAGGCAGUGGUGAUGGGAGGGGCAGGGACUGGCAGUUGCUGGGAAGGGGAGGGGGAAAAUCAUGACUCGUCUCAUGAUUUGAAUGCCAGAUGGCUGGGGGGGUGGGGUCUGUCCUGAGUUGACUUAAUCUAUUUGGUUGGCCUAUCCCCUCUUAAAUAGGAGGGAGGAGGGCGUGUAAAUGGAUGUGUGGGGGAUGGGGAUUGGAUCACUUUACUCCCCACUCUUUCAUGGGGCCUAGGCGUGAGUGUGUUCAUCUAGACAGGUUGUCUGCAGGGGGGAGGAGGUAGUUGAGAGAGGAGCCGGCUUGGGGGAGAGGUUGAGGGGGAGAAUCCUGAUGGCGCACAGGCAGGGCUGGCUCUCAGAUGGGAAAAGGAUGUGGGGGGUUCUUUAAGGGAUGCAUGGAUUUGUUAACUGGCCUGAGUCUGAGAGGUGCCAUGACUUUAGGAUAUGCCAGGAGAGGGGGUGAUGGAUUGGGAUGGGUGGGGGUAGGAAGUGAAAACCCCAGCCCAAACACGUCGGGUGAAUGCGGCAGUGUCUGUCGGUCUCUCGACAUGUGCCUUUCUUUGCCACUGUGAAACAGUUUCUUCCAACUCCAUAGGCUCUCUUGCCUUUUAGAGGAGGAGUAUGUUUGGAUUUAAGGGGUUGGGGAUCUCUGACAUAGACUAGCUCCUACUCUCCUCCCCACUUGAGAUUCUGGCCUUAGUGUGGAUAGCUGGAUUUCUAGGAAUGUUUGGGCAGGGGAGAUCAAUAGGAGCUCCUCUGUCGUCCUUUAAUGCUCACUGGCAUGAGGUGGGCAAGGGAGAGCACUGUCGGCCUGCACGGAAUGGCCUGCUGAGACAGGAAGCUUCAGGGACUCAGGUGGGAACACCAAGUGGUCCAUUCCAUUCAGCCAGGUGAAAGGGGGAACCAUGGGAGCUCUGAUGAAGGGGGUGUGUCUUUGCCUCCCCAUGGAAGAUAUUCCUAGCCCCUCUCCUGUACAUAGUGCAACUGGAAGCUUCCCCCUGAGGCCACAAACUGGACCUGGGUUGCUCUAGGUUGUGUACUCAGAUGGGAUUCUCAUCUCGUCCCCCUCCCACUAUGCAUGCACUACACAAGGGGGAAGGUCUGGGUUGGAAGAUCUGUGCCUCUCCAACCCCAUCUCUGUCGCUUCCAGCCUCUUUUUCUUGGAAGGGACUGAAGUACAAAUCCAAGCUGUCUUUCUGGGGUCUGACUCUUAAUGUAUGUAAAACACUAAUUCCUUUUUUUAAUUCCAGAUGAACCAAAAACUCCUCCUUUCCCUCAGACUGCUCUAGCGCCUGCAGCGGGGAACCAAUAACUAUCUUGCUCUCUUCUACACCCCUUGAGCUGGGGUGUGGAGAACCUGUUCUUUGUCUGAUUGCUGCGCGCACUCUUGUAAUGCUUUUAAAACAAAAUGAUUUUUUAUAUAAAUAAAAAGUUUUUAAAGUGUG